CCAACUUCCUCCAAACACUUCCGGUGAGUCAGCUCCCAACUUGGCGGAACCAAAAGAUACACCUUUUACUCCGGCUGAACUUGCAGAGUACGAUGGUUCCGAUCCAAGUCGUCCGAUAUACGUUGCUGUUAAGGGCACAGUAUUUGACGUAACAGGAAAACGUGCUCUUUAUGGAGUGGGUGGUACCUAUCAUUCAUUUGCUGGUAAAGACGCCUCAAAGGGUCUCGCUACUGGUUCAAUGACUGAUGUAGCUGGCGACUGUAAUUCUUUAAGUGAAUCUCAG